GCGGUGAUUGCGCAGAAGCGAGAUGGGAACAUCGAGCUCGACAUGGCGCCCCUGCCGGCGCCGAUCCCAAUCGUCAAGCUAACCGUGAAGUCACAGAUUUCCUUCGUCAAGCCGAAGGCGAGGCUCGUGUCUGAGGAGGCCUUCAAGAACCGCGAAAGCAAUCCUAAGAAGCUGUCGUUCAAAGAUGCGGGCACGCUGAAGCUCGUCGGUAACUACGAGGUCGAACCAGGAGUCUGGAAGGGAGGCUUCAUUGAGCUCAUCGGCGAGGAGGGCACCUACGACGUCGAGUCCAAGUUCACCAAGGGGACGCAGAAGGAACACCUACUCGACGACGGACGCCCAACGAUCGACGUGGGCCAGAUCGCCGCCAACUUUUCUCAGGCCGCGAAGAAGGGCAACGGCGCUGCGGGAUCUUCAACCAUGGCGGCGAAUAAUGUUAACGACAUGGUCCAAGCGGCGAUGGCGCGCAUUGCGAAGCCGGAGGACUCGGGAGAAAUCGAUGUGAAAAUGGAGGGCCACGAAGCCCAGGAUGAUGACGAGGCCAUGGGCGACGCUGAGGGCGAAGAGAUGGCCCAGGAGGUGGCCGCAGAAGCCGCUCUCGGAUUCUUCGGAAGCGAACGCUCCCCCAAGCAAUUCGGCAAGAGCGCCAAGAAGCUGAGGCGCACUGCCGAAGAGGACGUGAAAGAGGCAUCCGGCUCGUCCAAGAAGAAGGCGAAGUCUGAGGCCAUCUUGGUGGCGACCAGGGAGACGGGCGAAAAGGAGAUGAAGGAGGUGUGCAUCAAGUUCUACAAGGGCCAGUGGAAACCAGGCCCCCUUGCCAAUAAGAAGAAGGCGAUGCAGAAGUCCCUGGCGAAAGUUCAGACAGACGUCGAGGGCCGGGUAGACGAGGCAGCUGUGCGCGCCCUGGGUGCGUGGACGGUGCUCGUGGAUGUUAUCGAUCGCGCGCUUGGUCUCCUCCAGACAAUGGCGACCGUUGAAGCCGUGCUCGGGGGCACGGGGAAGUUGCGCGGCAGUGUGGAUAAGCAGGCGAUCAGUGAUUUCAUUUUCGAGAUGGUGCAAGCGAGGCAGAUUCUGGAGCUUCUGGAUAACUGGCCCUCGUCCUUCCACGAGCUGGACUUCGAGAUAUCGGCGUGGCGCGCCAUUGAAGAGAGGCCCUCCGGCGCAGCAGUGAAAGUCGUGUCGCUGGCUUACAUUCGGGGCGUCACGGGCUCGCAGACGGCCCCCGACAUCUUGUCGGGGAUGCAGAGUUCCGCGAUGGGCAAGCUCGUUCAGGAGUGCGCUGGGGGUAGGGGCUCCAAGGAGGCGGAGGAGAGCAUUCGCGGCCUUGUGACGACCUUGAACGAGGCCGCCUGCAGCGCUGAUCACGAGGAUACCUUUACGCUGCCGGACAUCCUCCGCGAUAUCCGCAUCAUCAAGACCUUGCUCGAUGCUUCCAACGGCCAGGGCUCCGAACAAUUGGAUGCGACGAUCGCUUCGGCGAAGGCCUCGUCAUCCGGGGCGUUGUUCCACUUCCGGGUCUCCCCGCUGGGCACUGAGGCGCUGACAGCAUUGGCCAAGGCGUCGCAGCAGAAGCGCAAAGCGCAGCACAGAGGCGGGUUGCGGAUAAUCGUUCUUUUCCUGCAGACCGCUCCGGCCACUUUCUGGGCGCAUGAGAAGGGGGGGGGGAUCGCAGGGUACGAGGUUGCCAUCGCGAAUGAGUUGCUGCCAGCCUUUGGCUGUUCCUUCAUGACCAUGGGCCUCGGGCCCAUCAGCGAGCUCAUCAUCGCGCACGGGGAUGUACCCGAAUAUGAGGCUAUGAUUCCAGCCAACUUCUCGGAGCAUUUGAACGCGUUGAAGGCGUCGUGCAAGGCGGCCCUCGCAGUUCUGGAGCCGCGGGCGACCGGGGAGGUAAAGGGGCCCAUCGCAGGCAUGAGCAAGGCGCUGAACUGCGUGAUCGGCAUCUUGGAGAUCGCGGGUUUCAAGGUCGACGCCAAUGCUGCUCUAGACAAUAUCGAAAUCAGCGAGUGCAUCGCCUUCGCUAAGGACCGCGCGACAUUGUGCAGCGAGGCCGGGGGCAACUCGGACCCUGGGCGGCGGGAUCCGGGAUCGCCUCCAUCUGCCGGGAUCUGCCCAGAAGACGCCGCCCUGUGUCAACGGGCGCGCGUGCUCGACGAUGUCCAGGGGGAGCUUGCGAGUAGAGCCAACAACGCACUCCAGGAGGCGUCGACCAACUCUGCGCGAAGCCUUUUUCAUUUCGCCCCCGAAUUCAAGACUUUGUGCGCAGAGGUGAAGGGCGAGGCGGCGACGUUCAAGGUCGAGGAGAUAUUCUGUCUCAUCGAUUUCGAGUUCGGCAACUUGCAAGGCACCUUCAACCUGGACGGCGUCGUGGCACUCGCCCAGAAGCUGUCGCGGCAUGCGCGCGCCGAGAAUCGCGAGACCGAGCUGCGCAGCGCGCUGCGAGCUACGGGCUCGAGCGGCUCCAGCCAGAGCGCAGAGGGGGAGAAGAGUCUCGCGAACGCGUCGUUGGCCAACCUCAUCGCGGAGAGCCGCGAGGAGGCGGAGAAAUUGCCCGACCUGGGCGCGGUCGAGUUGAAGGCGUUCUUCGAGGGCGACGACCACGAGGCUCCUUUGCUGAGCGGCGAGGCCAAGACUGCGGCGACGGCGUCGAUCCUUGGUCUUACCAGCUCCCUGGCUUGGAGGUGGACGGCUGCGCUGGGCGCCGGGAAUUCUUCGAUGGGGGAUCUGAUGCCGAUGGGCGAUUGGCAGGGCAAGGCCGUCGCUGGCACUGACGAGACGUACUGUAAGGACUCGCCCUUGAAGAACCCGAACCGCAUCGGCAUGGCGCAGUUGUGCGAGUGGUUGGGGGACAAUCUCAGAGACAUCAAGGAUGCCUUUACUAAGAUGCCCGAGUUGUCUGCGGAGUCAGCCACCGAGUCCAAGAAGGCGAUGGAUGCGGCGGAGACACGCAUCAACAGCGUGACUAUCGCACUUCUGUCAGCGGUGGUCCUCCAGGUUCUGUUUGUCGGGAAUGGCGCCACCGCCGCCAAGAAGGAAGACCGCCAGAAAAUUAAGGCGGGGCUGGGGGGCGCGCUUCAGAAGUCGAAGAUCGAGAUGUCCAACGGCCUGAAUAACUACCUGGUGGAGUGGGCGACCAGCAACGCA